AUUACAUAUUCGCACGAUGGGAGUUCAAGCGACGAGUCCUUCGUUGGCGCUGCCGCAACCGCACAAUGACAUCUUGUUCUACGGGACCCUAGACAAACGACGGGACGGUGCCGUUCGCGGCGGAUGGGCAACCCGGCUGUUCCUUCUCACGCCAAAGUGGUUGGUGUACUUCCGCCACACCACGAAACAGGAUCUAUUGGGGGAAGAGCGCGAGCGCGUUGCCUUGUCCUCCAUCACAAAGAUUCGUGUUGCCCCUGAAUCCGAGCUUGCCUCGACUGCUAUUGACAUCCCGAACGAGUACUCAUAUCUGGAGAUCACAUUGGAUACGCCUGGCAAGACCCUCCUCAUGCGAACUGCAAAGUCCGACGCGAUGUCGAGCCAUCACUGGGUCACGGUGAUCGAGGCGCAGCGCCAGCUUCUUUUGCACCCCAACGCCACCGCUCUAAAGCCAGUACACCCAGCCCAUAAUGACACAUCUGCAGCAUCGAGCAGGGCCUUCGACGAGCCGACUCAGCGACAAGUGGGGCUCGUGAUCUUGGUCGACGACUACACCGAGCGCGACGAGUUCGUCGUGGCCAAGUCGGUGGCGUUCGGGACCCAGAUCAACUUGGGGCUGGUCAAGCAAGGCGGCGCGUGCAUCAUCGUGCUGGACGACGGAGCCAUCGCCCGCAUCGGCACACAGGCGCUGAUGGGCAGUUGGGACGCCAACGAAACGUGCUGGGUCGAGUGUCUCGGCUCUUCGACGCUCACCGAAGUGGAGGUGUCCGUCGUGUGCCAAGUGGUCAAGCAGCAGCAGCACCCCAAGCCAUCCGUGACGUCGCCAUCGUCGACGCCGAAGUCCACCAACACCAAGCACUGGAUUCGACUCGCCGAAGAAGGUUGAUUGUUCAAGUUCAUGCAUACAUGGGGGGAGGAUGAUAAUGAUCCUAUCUUGAACUUGCAGGCGCGAGCUUUGGGUACCUGUUGAUGGCCAUGCUGGUGCACUUUAUGCUGGGGGUGCAGGGAUUCCACUGGUCGCACAAAGCGUGCUUGACUGCUGGCGCGGCGCUGGCCAUCUCCACCGUCAUGAACAGCGCCAACUCCAAGUCGUCGAGAGGCGGACGACCCAUGCGCCGCAUGAACUCGUCGUUGAUCCCGAAAGUGCACUUGGCCAUGACCAUCCAUCGAAGCCGCCGUCACGCCACAGCGUAAUAACGCAAGUCGAUCACGAUAAAUACUUUAAAUACAACGAACGACAAAACACGAACGAUGUCGUACAUGUGAG